AUGGGUCAUCACAAAUCCCGCAAACGUCGUCAUCGCUCUUCCUCCAGCUCCGAGGACGACCGGCGAGAACUUUGGAAACGAUUGCGAAGAAUCGAAGCUGAACGACAUCGAAGCCCCCCGUACUCCACGAGUUCGGGUCGCGUGCUGCGUGCCGCGAACGAACCCUCUACAAGUUCGGGUCGCGUGCUGCGUGCCGCGGACGAACUUUCUACAGGUUCGGGUUACGAGCUGCGUGCCGUAGACGAACAUCCUCACGACGACGUUGGCCGUCGCCUGCGUGGCACGGCAACGCCUGGUUCGGCUGUACUCGAUGCUGCAGGUGAAAUAGGUCGCCAUUCUAACCAAUCCGUGCAGUCUGAACCUACGCACUUAAGCGAUCCGGAAGCUAACCUUGACGCUGCACAGCCGGCGUUCCAGGAACACGAUGACGUGGCGCUCGACCCGCACGUACUGGAAAUGCUCGGUGAGACCGGCCCAUCAGUAGCUGCCCCGUAUCAGUUUCACUCGACCUUGUCAGCCAGCUGGAAAAGAAUUUGCUGUCAGGGCUUAGACCCGGCCAAAAAAGCGACACUUUUGCAAGACGUUGUCAUCCCGUCCAAUGGCGAAUUCUUAAUCCCACCGAAACUGAAUCCGAUCGUCAGAAAUAUUUUGUCGGGCCCAAAUCAAACCCGUGACGACUCUCGGAGCGCAGCUCAAGCGCAGUUGGGCCAGGGGCUUAGCUUCCUGGGAAAAAGCAUUAACGAAAUUAUCACAAACCACAACACCUCCGCAAGUCAAGUUUUGCCGCUUCUCACCCAAGCCGGGCAAGUGCUUACCGACCUGAUGUUUUGUUUAUCUAAAGACCGGCGCGAGCGGAUUGCGCCUUCCCUCAGUAAAUCAGUCGCCGAACUUACGCGCGAGACCCCUCCAGGUGAAUUUCUUUUUGGGGACGACCUAACCGAGAGAGUUAAAAACGCCAAAUAUUUGGAGAAGGCCAGCCAAGAGCUCAAACAAAAAUCGACACCAACUCCAACUAAGAAAUUUGCACCUUCCUCUACUUCGAUGCCGGCUUACCGCACAACCCACCAACAGCACGGUUCCUAUCGCCAGAAUUUAAACCGGCCAGCAACGGACAAGGCGCCACCAUUAACACAGGUACCACACAUAGCAGGCCGCCUGCGGAAAUUUCAUUCAGUAUGGCGGUCAAUUUCUACUAGCCGAACGUUGCUGGACCAUAUAGCGGGGUAUAAAAUCCCUUUUUCUCGGGAAGUUCAGCAACGAUUUAUUCCCAGGCACAAAAAUUUUUCUGUCUCCGAAAAGGGAAAAAUCACCCGCGCCGUCCAGCACUUGUUAGCUCAGGGCGCAGUCCGCAAAUGCCUGCCGCGCAACGAUCAGUUCAUUUCCUCAAUUUUUCUAGUCAAAAAACCAAAUGGGAAAGAUCGUUUCAUUUUAAAUCUUAAGCAACUAAAUACAUUUGUGGCCAAUUCUCAUUUUCAAAUGGAAGAUCAUCGAACAGCUGCCCGGCUAAUGCGAAAGGGCUGCUACAUGUCUACGAUUGACCUGCAGGAUGCCUAUUUUAUGAUAAACGUAGACUCUGACCAUCGAAAAUAUCUUCGUUUCGAACAUAAUGGCCAAUUAUAUGAAUUCACCUGUAUGCCAUUUGGUUUGGCAUCAGCGCCUCAGGUCUUUACAAAACUCACACGCCCUAUUGCAUCCCGUUUGCGCUCUCGUGGCAUUUGUUGCGUGAUCUACCUGGACGAUUUUCUCAUCUUUGGGAACUCGGGGGAUGCUUGCUCUCGAAAUGUAUCUGUGGUUGUCCAGGUGUUAACUUCAUUGGGGUUUUUAAUUAAUUGGGAUAAAUCCCAAACUAUUCCAUCGCAGAGAUGCAAAUUCUUGGGUUUCAUCUUGGACAGCCACACCAUGACAAUUUCCCUUCCUAUAGAAAAGCGCAAGAAGAAUCUUAAUAUGAUUCGCGAUUUUAAAAACCGAAGCCGUUGUUCAAUUAGGGCUUUUGCACAGUUUAUAGGGACACUUGUAUCGGCCUGUCCGGCGAUAAAGUACGGACUAAUGUACACUAAAGCAUUCGAGCGGGAGAAGUUCAAAGCGUUAAGAGAUCACCAUAUGAAUUAUGACACAUACAUGUCCCUUUCUUCAACCUUGCAGAAUGAUUUCUUAUGGUGGGAAUCAGCAAUUCAAACCUCUCACAAUGACAUACGUUUUGACAACUACGACUUUGUAAUUCAUACUGACGCGUCUCUUACUGGCUGGGGAGCCUGUUGCGACGACGAAAAGACACAUGGCUGGUGGACUGCUACUGAAGCACAACAUCACAUAAAUUAUCUAGAACUUUUGGCAAUUGCUUACGCAUUAAAAUCCUUUGCAAAGUAUAAAAAAUCUUGCAGCAUUUUAAUCAGAACGGACAAUACGACUGCCUUAUCAUACAUUAACCGCAUGGGCAGUAUACAAUACCCAGCGAUGUCUAAACUAGCAAGAGAUAUUUGGGAAUUUUGCGAAGAAAGAAAUUUAUGGCUUUUUGCUUCAUAUAUUAACUCGGGGAAAAAUACAGUAGCAGAUUCGGAAUCACGCAGGCUUCCCGAGGAAACCGAAUAUGAGUUGUCGGACGGAGCCUUCAACCAAAUCACGUUACGAUUUGGUGCUCCACAAAUUGAUUUCUUUGCUUCUAAAGCUAACCACAAGUGUCGAAGAUACGUAUCUCUACUGCGCGAUCCCGAAUCAGAACAUGUCGAUGCUUUCACAAUUCCAUGGACAGGCUUAUUUUUUUACGCCUUCCCUCCAUUUUGUUUAAUUUUGAGGUGCCUCAACAAAAUUGUGAAUGACCAAGCGGAAGGCAUUAUGUCAACCACACCCCCUGUCAACUCAGCUUACCCUGGUAGCAGGACUUUUAUCAGCCAAGCACUUAAGUUCCGAAAUGUUCCAGAGGAAGCCAUAAAUACCAUCAUCCAUUCGGUGGCCAAGUCAACAAUAUUACAAUAUAAUUCUACGUGGAAAAUGUGGUGGUCUUACUGCAUUGAACACAAGGUGCCGAUGUUUUCGGCUACGCCCAGUCAAGUUCUUGUUUUUCUUCAGCACGUAUUGGACACUACAGGUUGCAGAUAUGGAACAUUUAACAGUCACCGCUCGGCGCUCGCUUUAACUCUGAAUCACAACAUCGGGGCUGACCCUCUCGUUAAACGAUUCAUGAAGGGUAUUUCCCAGCUAAGACCAUCUGAAAGGAAAUAUCGUUUCACUUGGGACCCCCAAAUCGUUCUGGACUAUUUGGGAAAUUUCUUCACUGAUAACUUGACCUUGAAACAGUUGUCCCAAAAACUUGCCACACUGUUAUUAUUGACAACCGGACAUCGCACCCAGUCGAUUCAUUUAAUUCGCCUCUCGAACAUCAAGCGGUCCUCUGAUGGUAUCCAAAUUUUCAUUACGGAGACAAUCAAAACUUCGUCCUGGACUGGAACGCAACCCUGUCUUCAGCUACCCUUCUUUACGGAAAACCCUUCUAUAUGUGCCGCAACCACAUUACUCAAUUAUCUCAACGAAACUGAGGACAUACGACAUUCUAGCCCAGAUUACUUGUUUAUUCAGACCAGAAAACCGCAUAAUCGAGCGUCCCGCGAUACGAUUAGUCGAUGGAUUAAAGAAAUCCUCUUUGAAGCCGGCGUCGAUACAGACCUAUUUACCACGCAUUCCACACGCCACGCUGCCACUUCUUCUGCUUUUAGAAGGGGCGUAUCUUUACAAACCAUCCACCAAACGGCGGGUUGGAGUCAUCGCUCCACAGUGUUUGCGCGGUUCUAUAAUUGUCCCUUGCAUGAUAAUUUCGCUUUUGCUCGUUCGAUUCUAGAACCAGGGACCUAA